AUGAUAAAUGUACUAGCAGUAUUUCAGAGAGCUAUGAAUCAACUCUUUGAAGAAUUAAUAGGUAAAGGGAUAGUAAUAUAUUUAGAUGAUAUUAUUAUCUAUGCUCAAACACAAAAGGAGCUAUUAGAGCUAACCAAAAAGGUGCUACAAUUAUUAAGGAAAGCAGACUUUUACUGUAAACCAGAAAAGUGUUUCUUUAAUAAACAGGAAUUAGACUACUUAGGUUUUGUAGUCAAUCAGGAUGGACUAAAAGUAGAUCCUUACAAGAUAAAAGCUAUAUUAGAAUGGCCUAGACCUCUUACAAAGAGAGACAUUAGGAAAAUACUAGGAUUCUUUAAUUUCUACAAGAAAUUUGUAGAAGACUAUUCUGGAACAGUAAAACCUUUAUCAAGUUUACUGUCACAGAAGAGAACUUUUACAUGGGGAGACACUCAAGAAGCCUCUUUUAAAGCUAUAAAAGAAGCAUUUGCUAAGGUACUAGUAUUAGUAAGGCCAAACUAUGAAAAGCAGUUUGUAGUAGAAACUGAUGCAUCAGAUUUUGCAUACUUAGCAAUACUAUCACAAGAACAGGAAGAUAAAGAAUUACAUUCUAUAGCUUAUUAUUCUUCAACUUUUAGUAAACAGGAAAGAAAUUAUGUAGCACCAGAUAAGGAAUUAUAUGCUAUUAUAAAGGCAUUAGCAAACUGGAGACAUUAUUUAGAAGGAGCCAAACAUUAA